GUAGACAGGUCUAGAGAUGUCAUCGUCAGAAGAGGACUACCUGUCCCCCAGAUCUGCCCCCUCCAGUAUGAGUAAUGGUGAGAACAGUUUCUACACCAGCGCUCAGACACACUUUACUGACUCACAGGAGGACACAGAUCUGAAGUUCUCUGGCCGGUCCAAGCUGAGUGAAGACAGUAUUGAUGAGUUUAUGAGCAGCUGUGGAACCUACGUCUCUUAUAAUGCACGGUACUACAAUGGACAAGUCAUCACGACCUUGUCGUCUAAGAACACACUGUUCCGAGCAGAGUUUGACCUUCAACACUGCAUACAGGAGCUGCACGAUGCCAGAAUACAGAUUCCCAGUGACGAUGUCUCGACAGCCAUUGCCAGUAUCCUGGGCGACCCCAAACUCCGUACCUACAUCUUCUUCUACUCCACGGCGUUCACCAUCUUCAUGGCCAUGUUGUGUCUGUUCAUCCUGUGGUCAGACUUUGUGACCAGUCUGUAUAAGUACCUCCCCAACCUCAGUCUACCCCUCAUCAUGCUUAUUGCACUGGUGGCGUCAGCGUCGGUGGUCGCUCUGCUGUUUUUCCUCAUACACUGGAAAAUGAAGAAGAUUGACAGGAACACAGACAUCCAUCUGGCCUGUAUCAAUGAGACCUUCAUCAACCAUGGACUACUGGUGGGGAUGACUGAUGGCAUGAUCCACUGCUGCAACCACAUCUUUCUACAUUUUGUGUACUAUGAUGCAGAGCCUUGUAUGGACUGGUUGGCUGAAGUUCUACAGGAGCAUGAUGAGGCUGGACACCUGGCUCCUGGAUACCUGGAGAGCAGUCUGUCGUACGAGGCCCUGACUGUGAUCAGACACAAACACGAGCGGGACAGCCGGGCGGGGUCAGACGAGGAGUCACCGCUCCUGUCCUCAGUCAGCAGCACAUCGGGACCACAGAUGUCUGUACAGUCUGAGACAGAGCUGGAGGCCUCAGGGUCAACGAUACAGUCCAUCAGGUUCACCCCACACGGGUCUUAUCAGGAAAUGGCUAAGCAGUUCCUGCUGACCUACAGCAGCAAGUACAUCAAGUUCCUGGUGAGGGGAGGUCUGGGCACCCCACAGGCACAGAGACACACAGACAAGGGCCUCUGUCUCUGUCAGUUCAUAGAGAAGCUAGCGUUCCACACUGAUGUCUGAACAGCUAACAGUUAGACUUGAGUCUCGCACUGAUAUGGUAUGUACAGGUGCAAUUUCCAUUUCAAUUUACUCAGAAAAGACAAGGACCACUGUCUCUAUAGAGAUACACUGAUAUAUGAGUUCAUAGAGAAGCUAGUGUCCCACACUGAUGUCUGAACAGCUAACGGUUAUAAUAUUAGGCAUGAGUCUUAAAGUCUGACUUAUGUACAGGUGCAGAAAAUACAGGGGGCUCUCUCUCUGUCAGUUCAUAGAGAAGUUUAAUGUCUGAACAGCUAACAGUUAGACAUGAGUCUCACACUGACAUGUGUACAGGUGCAAUUUUCUGUUUACUUCACUGAGAAAACACAAGGGCCUCUGUCUCUGUCAGUUCAUAGAGAAGUUAGCGUUCCAUACUGACUUCUGAACAGCAACAGUUGCAUUUGAGUCUUACACAGUCACUGACAUAUCUGUAUGACUGGUGCAAUUUUCUGCAACUUCACUCAGAAAAGACAAGGGCCUCUAGAUCUGUCGUUGUUGGUUCAUAGAGAAGUUAGGAUUAUUUCACAAUGAAGUCUGAACAGCAGAUAUUUAGACUGGAGUUGAAAGUUUGAAGUGUGUUGACUGAAGUCAUUCAGAAUCAGGAUUGAACUGUACUUGCCAGCACAAAAAUUGAACCAACUGUAACUCCAGUCUUUGUCAAGGAAUGAGUUGACCAAGACUGGAGUUGGGCACUCAAAAAUUUGGAUAAGACCAAUUUUUUGUUUUAGUGAUUCCAGUUAAACCUUUUUUCUGUACUUUUUGAGUACUGGUAUCCUUGUUCAGAGUAAGACUUGAGUCUGACACUGUUAGAUGGAAUUUUCUGCUACCUUCACUUAGAAAAGACCAGGUAGUGCACUGACUGUUUUCACCUAUGCAAUUAUCAUGCUACCUCUGAAGGCAGCUAUUUGGUGUGAGGAUAGUGGUGUAAAGUGCCUUUCCAAAGGGCACAGUGUCUAGCUAGGAAUCUAUGGAGUUGAACCUCUUGAUCUCGUAUUCGCUGGCCUUAGUGGCUCAGCCAUUCC